CUCAGAGUUCAAGCAGAGAUGUGGAACCUCGACGAGCGCCUGCUUCUCCUGUUUCCGAAGGGCGUGCUCGGCGUCCUCGCGCUCCUUGGGAUCCUCGCUGCGGGGAAGAUCCUCGCUUGCUCAGUGUGGGGAGCUUUGGGGGCGCUGAGGACGUACGUCUGGGCCAGGCUGUGGGCCAAGAGUCUCCCUGAAACUUACGGGAAAUGGGCAGUGGUGACUGGCUCAACGGACGGCAUAGGGAAGAGUUACGCCAAGGAGCUCGCUAAGAAGGGAAUGAACAUCGUGCUCGUCGCGAGGAAUAUGGAGAAACUACAAAAAGUUGCUGAAGAAAUUAGAUCUAAAACCGGGGUUCAGACGGACAUCGUGCAAGCCGACUUUGCGCUGGGUCGCCCAAUCUAUGACAACAUUGCAAAGCAACUGAAGGGGAAAGACAUCGGAAUUCUGGUGAACAACGUGGGCAUGCUGAUCACUCCGGGGCCGUUUGAGAAAUUAACGGAGGACAACAUCUGGGCGUACGUGAACGUGAACGUGGCGUCCGUGGUGGCCAUGACUCGACUGGUUUUGCCCGAGUUGCUCCGGAGGAGGAAGGGCGCCGUCGUCAACGUGUCCUCCGUCGGCUCCUACUUCCCGCUCGCUUACUUUCACGUGUAUGCGGCGUCGAAGGCCUUCGUGAGCUGCUUCACCCGCUCCCUGCAGGAGGAGUGCGGCGCCUCGGGCGUGACCGUCCAGUGCUUGGAGCCGGGCGCCGUGUCCACCAACAUGAUCUCCUUCGACAAGGACGUCCACACCCCAGGGUUCUUCACUCCCACCGCCGACGCCUUCGCCGCCAGCGCCGUGGCCUCCCUCGGCCACGCCAGCCGCACCACGGGGUACUGGACGCACUGGCUGCAGCUGGCGAUGGCGAGGACCUUGCCCGAGUGGUUUAUUCUGAGCAACUACAAGGCGAGGAUGGAUGAGAAGUUUAAAAAGUCAAAAUGAACUCGAUGGAAUUAUUGGAGAAUCCCUGCAUGAUGCGAGAUUACGAAAAGCAGUAUAUAAGUAUACUAACAACCAGUAUACUAUACGAAUAGGCUGUUUGUAACCACAAACCAUAAAUGUCCGACUCAGGGCAGGCGAGGAUAUAUAUAUAUAUAUAUAU